AUGACCAGGAUUGGAGACUUUUUGGGAGCUCCAAGGGCUCAAGUUCGUCGAAAUCCCACGCCUCCUCCUCGACCAGAAACACCGAUUCGACAAGAGGAGAUGACAGACGAUACUGUCGAACAAGAAUAUCAGGAAUUCGAACACAUCCCAAGGGUGGCACGAAGGCCCCCCGUGGUACUGGUUAAUCGUAACCAGGAUCCAGACCAGGUGGUUCGACAAGUUCGACACGAUGCAACCAUGGGGGAACAAAACCUAGAGGCUAUCAUCGAACGAAUCAUAGUGCAAAACAGAGUAAGUCCUUGCCUCCAGCGAGCGACGUACUCCUCACCUCUACCACAUUUUGUCUUACAGACAGAAUUGCCAAGGGAAUGGGAAAUCCCUAAGUUUACUAAGUUCACGAGGGAUACUGAAGAAUCCACCAUCGAGCACGUGGCCAGGUACCAGACCGAAGCUGGUGACAUAGCGAGAAAUGAGGACUUGAAGUUAAAAUACUUCCCAAGUUCUCUUACGAAAAAUGCAUUUACAUGGUUCACAAUGCUACCUCCACAGUCAAUUUAA